AUGGAUGUCAAGGCGGCGCCCAACGGGGUAGCCACCAUCGAGGACCGAAUCCUUCGGAUCACCGGCUACUAUGGCUACUACCCCGGGUACUCCAGCCAGAAAAGUGCCUCCCGAUCCUCUGUUGUCCGAUGCAAGCCGGGAGCCAACUGCCCCAGCACACAGAGUGGCCUCCGCAGGCAGCAUUCCCCUUUAUCCGCUGCUGCUGAAGAUUCUGCUGCUCCCAUUCUAGAGCUGCAGAGUCGAAGUCCCUCUGGAUUUUGCCGGCACGGCAGAGGAGAGAGGCAGGACAGAUCAGGAGAAGAAGAGACACAAACUAAAGCUGAAAACAGCAGCCAGGAGAGCCACGCACAGACCCGUUGUGAGUCUUGUACAUCUACAUUUCUCAAGAUUGUCUGGGGAUUUCUAAUUAUUUUGUCAGUCUCAUCCUCUUGGAUUGGAACAACACAGAUUGUCAAAAUCACAUACAAGAACUUUGAUUAUCCAUUUUUCAUGACUUGGUUUUCUACAAAUUGGAAUAUUAUGUUUUUCCCCAUUUAUUACUCUGGACAUCUUGCAACUGCCCAGGAAAAGCAGUCUCCAAUCAAAAAAAUCAGGGAAUGUAGUCGGAUCUUUGGUGAAGAUGGCUUGACGCUGAAGCUCUUUCUUAAAAGAACCGCUCCCUUUUCUAUUUUGUGGACUUUAACUAACUACCUGUACCUGUUGGCUCUGAAGAAGCUGACCGCCACAGACGUCUCAGCCCUGUUCUGUUGUAACAAAGCCUUCGUCUUCCUGCUCUCCUGGAUUGUCCUGAAAGACAGGUUCAUGGGUGUCAGGAUAGUUGCCGCAAUAAUGGCCAUCACUGGAAUUGUUAUGAUGGCCUAUGCAGAUGGUUUCCAUGGCGAUUCAAUUAUUGGGGUUGCCUAUGCAGUUGGAUCUGCCUCGACCUCUGCGCUAUAUAAGGUUUUGUUUAAGAUGUUUCUUGGAACUGCCAACUUCGGUGAAGCUGCUCACUUCAUCUCUACCCUUGGCUUCUUCAACUUGAUUUUCCUUUCCAUCACUCCCAUCAUUUUGUACUUUACAAAAGUGGAAUACUGGUCACCUUUUUCAGCUGUGCCGUGGGGCUUUCUGUGUGGAAUUGCAGGCCUCUGGUUGGCUUUCAACAUUUUGGUGAAUGUUGGUGUUGUCCUUACAUAUCCAAUCUUAAUAUCGAUUGGAACAGUACUCAGUGUUCCUGGCAACGCAGCUGUUGAUCUCCUCAAACGUGAGGUGAUUUUUAGUGUCGUCAGAUUGGGAGCCACCAUCUUCAUUUGCCUUGGGUUCCUGCUAAUGCUUCUUCCUGAGGAAUGGGAUGAAAUUACACUGAGAUUCAUUAACAACUUAAAAGAGAAGAAAAGUGAAGAGCAUGCCGAAGACAUUGCUGAUUCAAACAUUCACUUCAGGAGCAGGAGUAGAGCUAAUGGGACGGUGUCUAUACCGCUGGCUUAG